UAACUUUGAAAGGUCUGCGAGAGUGGAACAGACGGUAUUCGGAUCUUAGUUCACGAUAGAAAAUCGUCUGAACACGAACUAGCAAAACGGGACAGUAAAGGCAAAGAAAAACAAGAAUCUCAGUCAACCACGCACGGUUGGUUGUGGAAGACGGUGUUUGUCGGGGAGAAGUGUUGCUGUCGGCCUUUAAACGUGAUUGUUUGUUUGUUUUGAUUGAUUUUUUUUUUUGCAUUGUGUCGCGUUGAGCUUGUAAAAAUGUCUGAAGAAGCUACCUCAUCGGAGCAUGAUUUGAUCGUUGCCAAGUCUGCGGCCAUGGCGUGCCUCUUCUUGUCUACCGUUCUCUUUGGCUGCAUACCCUUCAUGUUGAACUAUUGGCUGAAAUGGACCGAGAAGAGUCCGGAUUCUCGCUCAGCUCGUGUGGUGCAAUAUUUGUUGUACUUUGGUGGCGGAGUUCUCUUGGCCACCACUUUUAUUCACCUCCUGCCUGAAGUACAAGAGGUUGUGGAACAUCUCCAAGAGUGUGGUACCAUUGGAGAAACACGUUUUGCUGUGGCUGAAACUCUCAUGUGUUUGGGCUUCUUCAUUAUGUAUCUGAUAGAGGAAUGUGUUCACACAUAUUUGCAUCGCCACCAAGCAGCCAAGAAGCAACUCGAAAAUGAUGCAACUGCCGCCUUUGAGCGUGGCCACAGUGUGCGCAACAGUAUUUUGGUGCGAGGGCCCAAGAAAUCCAACAAAGAUAGCAACUCAGAAAAUGACUCCACUGGCAGCGUGGAGACUGUGACAGUGGCGGGUAACACCAACUAUGGAAAUGGCCAAUAUCUUAAAUCUACGCUGACCCUGGACACUUUAAUUGAUCCCAACUGUGAGGGCAAGCACAGCGAUUUGCAGCUGCAGUCCAAUGGCGCAGCAUGCAACACACCCCAGCUCCACCAUGAGCACCAUCACGAAAACGGUCACGGCCAUUCACACAUGCCUGUGAAUUUGAAUGACAACGAUAGCACUGUGACUUCAUCUCUGCGUGGCUUGGGUAUUGUCUUGGCCUUAUCUUUGCAUGAGGUCUUUGAAGGUUUGGCCAUAGGUCUGGAGAGUUCAACCUCGUCCGUUUGGUUCCUCUUUGGCGCAGUCUCGGCCCACAAAUUGGUCUUGGCUUUUUGCGUGGGUGUGGAAUUGAUUGUGGCCCGUACUCGGCCCAUAUUGGCGGCCAUAUACACCAUAACCUUUGCCAUUGUCAGUCCCAUUGGUGUAGGUAUUGGCAUGGGUAUAAGUCAUAAUUCGGGCGCAUCAGAGGAUAGUUUGCUUUCUGCCAUCCUGCAAGGCAUAGCAUGUGGCACUCUACUGUAUGUGGUGUUCUUUGAGAUUCUCUCCAAACAUCAUGCUGGGCUGGGGGCCUUUUUAGCCAUGUUGGUGGGAUUUGCGCUGAUGUUUGGUUUGCAAAAUAUCGGUGAAGGUCACAGUCACAGUCAUGACGGCCACGAUCAUGAACACGAUGCCUGUGGAGCUCACGAGGAUGUAGUGACAACCACCAUCAGAACACUUGCGAAUUCGGCCAACGACCCAGUGAGGGGAUAGAGAUUGAGUGAAGAAGCCAGAGUUUGACGAUGCCACCUGACCCACUUAGUACUUAACAUUUGGCAUGAAUAACAUGUGAUAUUUUUAGUCUUAAGUUCAAAUCGCAAUGGAAUCAAGAAUUUCAUCCCAACACAAAAGAUACAGCACCGCUAUGGGGAGAGUAUUAUUUAAAGUUGUUAAAAUAAAACGAGCAAAAUUGCCGCUAAAGAAAUUUA